AAUGCUCAAAAAACCAUAAUAACAAAAUUAAGAAUACCAAAUCAAACCAAAACCUAGAGAGAAAUUCAAAUCUUCUAAAUGUAGAGAAUUAAUUUAAGAAAUAUUACAAUAAAAAUUAAAAACAGGAUCAUAUUAGGAUGUAACAACUCAAUCCAAAGACAUUGCUGAGAACAUUAAAAACAGAUUAAAAUAACAAUAUACUGUUACAAGCAGAUAUAAGUUUAUUGUACAUGUGUUAAUUGGUUAAUAAAGAGGUAAAUUUAAAACAUAAUUAUAUUAUUUUAGGUUAAGGAGUGAGAGUAGGUUCAAAAUGUUUUUGGGAUUAUGACACUGAUAUGUGUGUUUCAGAAACCUUCAUAAAUGAUUCAUUAUUUUGUUUGGUAACAGUCUAUGCUGUAUACCUUUAUUGAA